AUGCCCGUCCCUUCCAUCGAAUCUGUUAACAGCACAAGCGCCUCAAAUAUAGGAGAUUUGUUACAAGAAGGCGACUUUCAAAAGGGAGCCAAAAUCACUGCUUUCGUUUUUCUCAUGUUAUUGUCUAUGCUGGGCAACGCUUUGUUAAUCGCGGUCGUGUACAAAAACGCUAAUCAAAGAAUGAGGACUCCAAGUAAUUACUUCAUCUUUAACAUGGCCUGUGCUGAUGUUUUGCUCACUGUAUACACCGUUCCAGUCAGCAGUGUCACCACUGCAUAUAGCCACCAAUGGCUUAUCACGGGAGUCGCCGGCGAACUGCUUUGCCGUUUAUCACAGUUCAUUGGUCAAAUGUCAGUCUUAGUCUCCACUGGAAGUUUGCUUGUGACUGCCUUGGAUCGUUUUUUUCUGGUGUUUUACCCACUCAAGAGAAUAAUAACUCUUCGUAUCGCCCGGUUAUUGAUUGGCCUCAUUUGGAUUUUUGCGAUCGUGUUCACGGUGCCGUUAUNUUUGCCGUUUAUCACAGUUCAUUGGUCAAAUGUCAGUCUUAGUCUCCACUGGAAGUUUGCUUGUGACUGCCUUGGAUCGUUUUUUUCUGGUGUUUUACCCACUCAAGAGAAUAAUAACUCUUCGUAUCGCCCGGUUAUUGAUUGGCCUCAUUUGGAUUUUUGCGAUCGUGUUCACGGUGCCGUUAUUCAAAAUGACCACUUUAGUCGAAUUCAAGCCGGACCUCCAUGUUUGUACGUUCAAUUUUGGAAUCAUUAGAUACGUUAUCAUUUAUUUGUUAUUCUGCUACCCUGUGUUAGUAUUACUGCCUAUCAUUGCUAUCAUCCUUAUCUACAUUGCAAUUGGAUUCAAACUAAAACACACCAUAGCACCUGGCAACCAACUCCCUUCAAAUCAACAUCGACGGGAACAGAUGAACCGCAAGAUAUUAACAAUGCUUGUCACUGUUGUUGCUGUGCUAAUCGUCUGCCGUUUUCCGUUCAUUCUUGGAAUGAUGGCUUGUUUCUCUGGUUUAAAAGCUUUUUGCUCAUGGAACUUUCUUUUCCUUGGAUGGUUUCUGGUAUGCUUUAACAGUGGAAUUAAUCCUUGGAUCUAUUUCAUCUUUAAUGAGCAAUUCCGUCAAGGUGCGAAAUUACUGCUACAGAAGCUACUUCCGCGCUGUUUUAAAGUCACAAAUGAAGUGGAAAUGUUGGAAUCGACUGGACGUCAAAUCAAACAGCGCACAUCACAAACACACGAGAGUAGCCACGCGUGGAGUUCUCGGUAA